GCAUGUCGGUAUAGCUCAGAAUCCACCGCUUACAACUCCGUGGUAAGACUGCCCCGUUCGAAGCCCACAAGAGCGCAGCAUGGCGACCCAGUUGGCAAUCCAAACUCUGCACGAUGCCAAGAUGACCCGAGCCGCUGAGAAGAAACAGCUCUCCGUCCUGAACGGCCGCUUCGCCUCCUACAUCGAGAGGGUGCAGGCCCUGAACCAGAGCAAUGCCGCCCUGGAGAGUCAGCUGCAGGCCGUCCAGGCCAAAGCCUCCCCCGUAGACAAGGGGAAGUACGAGGGGAUGCUGAGGGCGCUGCGCGCUCAGGUGGACGGGCUGUCUCAGCAGAAGGCUCAGGUGGAAGCUGAAAGGAACAGCUGGCAGGCACAGGCAGAGGAAUGGCAGGGGAAGUGCGAAGAGCAGUAUACGGUGCGCUCGGGGCUGAAGGCCGAAAUCGAAAGGAACAAAGCGGAACUGGCAAUCAUCAACGCUGCUCGUUCGGGCUUCGAGAGCAGGCUGGUGGCCGCGCAGAAAGAGAUCGAGGCCGUGAAUACGACUCACUCUGCGGAGAUCGCAGCUAUGCGGGGAGAGUUGGCCCAGACUGUGACUGCGAUAGAGGCGAAGCAGGCGGCUGUGACAGGACCGGACCUCAGCGACACCCUGAGGGAGAUCCGUGAGCAGUACGAGGUGGUCGGCCAGGCGAACAGGCAGGACGCUGAGGCGAAGUACAGGGCGAAGUUUGCGGAGAUAGCCCUGCAACGGCAGAAAGACAGCGACGCUCUGGCAGCCGCCAGGGCAGAAGUGGCUGAGUUCCAAAAGAAGGUUGACACCCUGAGGGCCGAGGCCGAGUCUAUCAGGAGCAAGAACAUCGCCAUGGAAGACGGAAUGAAGCAAACGGAUGCCCGCAUACAGAAGGAGAUGGAAUCGUACAGGCAGGCCAUCGCCAAACGCGAGGCGCAGAUCGAGCAGAUGAAGCUGGAGACGGCACAAAAUCUCACCAACUACCAGGAGCUGAUGAACGUCAAGAUGGCGCUCGACCUCGAGAUAGCCGCUUACAGGAAGCUGUUGGAGGGAGAGGAGAUAAGGCUGGCCGGUCAGCUUAGUCGCCCCAGCCGGUUCAGACGGCCCAGACCUCCGAGCCAGUGGCAGCACCACCUCAGUAAAAGUAUUCGGCUGCGCAAUAGGAGAAUGUUAGGACGUAAAAUUUCAUAACGAGUCUCAAAUAGCUUUGAUAUAUGUGACAAUCGACGGGACAAGUCAAAAAUAUCUAUCAAGGCAGAAGAAAAAGGGAAUGGCAACAUAAAAGAUGGGAAAAUAAUAUCAGAGAAUAGAAAAGCAUGAGAAAAAGUGAAACACUGAGAAAUGCAGGAAACAGGGAAGUGUGGGGAAAACAGGUUCUUCCGUGGUGCCCCAACCCUCAAAUAGUUCGACUAAGGGAUAGAUGACACAUAAAGCGUAGAUUUCAAAGAUUCCAUGUAUGUAUGGAUCCAUGAAUGGAUGUCUUCACGAUACAGGUUACACGUGAACACCGUUGCUAUUCUGGUAAGAAAAUUAAGAAACUGCAGCGAAACUGUCAGGUCACGGUAUAUAUCAAGACGAAAGCAUGUCUCUAAGUUACGUAUGUAUACACUAGGUUGGCGAACAGCUACGUACACAGUAAAUGAUAGAUGUAAAGGCACUGAGCAUCACAUGUACGUCACGUUAUUAGUGCACCUUAAUCGGAAACUACUGUGGCAUUUUAGUCAAAUAUAGAAGCAUCGUACGUAAUAAACGAAGAAGAUCAAACUUAAAGAA